AUGGCACCUUCAGCGACCCUCACCGGCUCUCACCUAGCGAAUGGUGACAUUCCGGUUGUUAAACAGGCCAUAGUCAGUCAGGUCGAAGUUGCCAACGGAGACGUCGACGGUUCAGAUCUUGACAAACCGGCUUCCACAUUGACUCGGUACAAGAAUCCUUCGCUAUACGUUACACCCGAACACAGCGUUUAUCUCGCUGAAAGCUCGAUACCGAAGCCAUCAGCAAGUGAAGUCCUAAUUCAUGUUCGUGCCACUGGUAUUUGCGGAUCAGAUCUUCAUCUGUGGCACAGAGGAGCUAUUGGCCCUCUAAUCGUCGACCACUCGCACAUCUUGGGCCACGAAGCAUCCGGCGUCGUGCUCGAGGUUGGGUCGGCUGUGACACAUCUCAAACCCGGAGACAGGAUAGCCAUCGAGCCCCAGGUCCCGUGUCAGACAUGCUUCUUGUGCACCUCGGGCAAGUACAAUUUGUGCGAGAAGGUGACAUUUUCUGGAGUGUGCCACGGUGGCACAAUCAGGCGGUUCUUGACACACGAGGCUCGCUAUUGUCACAAGAUGCCUGACAGCAUGACGUUUGCACAAGGUGCUCUCUUGGAGCCGUUGUCGGUCAUUCUGCACGCCAUACGACAGUGUAAGGGGUCCAUAGGAAUAGGCCAGCCAGCCUUGGUUUGUGGUGCUGGCCCGAUCGGUCUGAUCGCCUUGGCCGCCGCAAGAGCAUCUGGCGCCUGGCCUCUGGUGAUCACGGACGUGGACGAGUCGCGGUUGGAAUUCGCGAAACAAUUUGUUCCAGGGUGCCAAACGUACCACGUCCAAACUUCAGAGAGCCCCCUACAGGCGUCUGAGGAGAUCAGGCUCCUCUUCGGAUGUGCAGGCGGCCGCGACGUCAACAAGGGUAUUCCCGACAUCAACGAAUACUACGCACCCUCAACGGUACUAGAGUGCACGGGCAUCGAGUCCAGCGUGGUCACCGCCGCGUACACCUGUCGACGAGCCGGCGUCGUCAUGGUCGUCGGGGUCGGUCGGAGCGUCAUGAACAAUCUCCCCUUUAUGCACCUCAGCUUGGCGGAAAUCCAACUCAAAUUCAUCAACCGGUACAACGACACGUGGCCGGCCGGCAUCAAUGCCCUGGCAAACAGCCAAGUACUGAACCUCGACUCGUUGGUGACACACAGAUUCCCACUGGAACAGGCUGUCGAGGCUCUGGAAUUGUCGGCCGAUCGGACGAAAAGGAGUAUCAAAGUCCAGAUAGUGGACGACCAGGAUAUUCAGGUAUGA